GGCUUCUCUCUGAUUGGCCCGCCAUUCAGUGCUUCUCUUCCUUGUCCACGAGACCACCGAGAGCUGUCGGCUUUUAUGCUGAAGCUGCUGUUCGUGCCUUAACAUCGCUGCAGUCGCCGCAUGAUGACAACGCUGUCGCAGACAAAGGAGCUCUUCAGGAGAGCUGAAGCUGUCUGCUUUGAUGUGGACAGCACAGUAAUCAAGGAAGAAGGCAUCGAUGAACUCGCCAAAUUCUGUGGUGUGGGGGAUGCAGUCACUGAAAUGACACGCAAAGCCAUGGGCGGCUCAAUGACCUUCAAAAAGGCCCUGACUGAGCGUCUUUCCAUCAUCCGAUGUUCCAGAGAACAAGUCAAUAAGCUGAUAACAGACCAUCCACCUCAGCUGACUCCAGGUGUCAGGGAGCUCGUGGACCGUCUGCAUGAGCUCAACAUAAAGGUGUUCCUCAUUUCAGGUGGCUUCCGCUGCAUUGUUGAACAUGUGGCCACUCAGCUAAACAUCCCUCUGAAUCACGUUUACGCCAACCGGCUCAAAUUCUACUUCAACGGAGAGUACGCUGGUUUUGAUGAGAGUCAGCCCACAGCUGAGAGUGGAGGAAAGGGGAAGGUCAUCAGCAUGCUGAAGGAACAGUACGGCUAUGAGACUGUGGUGAUGAUCGGAGACGGUGCCACUGAUCUUGAGGCCUGCCCUCCAGCUAGCGCUUUCAUUGGAUUUGGCGGGAAUGUCAUCAGGCCACAGGUCAAAGAGAGGUGUUCGUGGUAUGUGACAAGUUUUGGGGAGCUACUGAAAGAACUGGAGAAGAUUUAAAGGUGCUGAAAGAUUAGUUUAUGAUUUUUAACACAUUAUACUUGCACCUAAGGGUGUGCCACUGGUAGAUUUUUACCAAGUGGACAUUUUUCCUUAGACCUCGAUAGAUUUUUAUAUUAAAUCAAAUGUUUAUACUAGUGGGAGCAAUUGUAACUUUAAUAGCUAUGUUGCCCUUUUUUAUACUAGAAGGUACUAAAACACUACGUGGAAGAAAAUCUUAAAAAGAUUAUUUUAGUGUUUUUGCACUGUUUACAUGAAAGCUUUUAGGUGGACUAAAACGACUCCUAUGUAUUAUGGCACGUGCAAUGAGAAGUGAAAGUAUUUUUAAUCGGGUUUCUGUUCUGUAAGAGCUGUAAGCAGAUCUGUCAGUGACAGUGUAGUGACUCAAGUCAGAAAAACAGCAUUAAAAGAUGAGUGUCCA